AUGUCUCAGGAAAAGCCGGCCAAGUCAGAGAACCGGGCUUCCAAAGCCAAGUCCAAGAAGCGGGCGCGUGAGGACGAUAGCGCUCCUCGAAAGCGGAAAAAGUCGGCGUUCGAGCAGGAGGACCUCAACCUCGAUCUGGAAGCAGGAGUGAACAAGGAGAUUGCGCUUUUCGACAGCAUGCUCCUCGCAGAUCACCUGGCUCAGAAAACCAGACGAUUUGGAACCGACCUGCCGCCGGUGGAGCUCUCUACCUUGGACAUUUCACCGAAUGCGAUCAGAGACACGAGCUCAUACCAGGAGAUCCGGAAUCUGGAGAACCUGCCUGCUUUCUUGGAGGCCCACACAGAGAAGCCGGAAAGUCUCGGAGAAGCCCCUAAGCAGAAGGGCUCGCCUCAUACCAUCAUUGUGGCCGGCGCCGGCCUGAGAGCAGCAGACCUAGUCAGAGCGGUCCGCAAGUAUCAGAAGAAGAACAAUACGGUUGCGAAGCUGUUUGCGAAACACAUCAAGAUUGAGGAGAGCAAGCAGUUCCUCCACAAGCACCGCACAGGCAUCGCAGUUGGUACGCCUGUACGGUUGAAUGACCUCGUGGAGAGUGGUUCCCUGAAGUUGGACAAUCUCGAGCGACUCGUGGUUGACGCCUCGCACAUUGACCAGAAGAAACGGGGCAUCCUGGACAUGAAGGAGACCAUGAUCCCUCUGGCGCGUUGGCUUGCAAGGACGGAGUUCAAGGUGAAAUACGCGGAUGCCGAAAAACCUCUACAGCUGCUGUUCUACUAG